ACCGUAGCUGUGAACGCACCCCAAACGACGGCUUUUGCAUAAAAAGUGAAGCAGCAUUGUUUUAUCUGGUGCUUGUGGUUUUGAGGUUUAUUUUAUCGAUAAAAUUCACAUAAAACCAUUUCCGACGCGAAGUAUUCGCAGUGUGAAACCAGAUUCCCGCUGUAAAGAACAAAAUGUCUUUCGUUGAUCUCUCCGGCGAUGGGGGCGUCCAGAAGCAGAUCCUCCAGGAGGGCACGGGCGAUGAGACUCCCUCGAAUGGAUGCACCGUUUCCCUGCACUACACCGGAACGCUCGAUUCCGACGGGAAGCAGUUCGAUUCCAGCCGGGACCGGAAUGAGCCGUUCGAGUUCAAGCUUGGCCAGGGAUCAGUAAUCAAGGCGUUCGACAUGGGCGUGGCCACUAUGAAACUGGGGGAAAAGUGCAUACUGAAGUGUGCUCCGGAUUACGCGUAUGGAGCUUCCGGCAGCCCACCGAACAUCCCUCCGAAUUCGACGUUGAACUUUGAGCUGGAAAUGCUGGGCUGGAAGGGGGAAGAUUUGAGCCCCAAGUCGGACCAGGCCAUCGUAAGGUACAUCCAGAAGGUUGGCGAGGGCAAGAAGACCCCCAAUGACGGAGCCUUCGUAAAGAUCCACCUAGUUGGUCAGCACGAUGGAAAGGUUUUUGAGGAACGCGAUCUCGAAUUCACCCUCGGGGAAGGCGAAGAAUCCGGCGUCGUUUCCGGAGUGGAAAUCGCCCUGGAGAAGUUCAAAAAGAUGGAAACAUCCAAACUCAUCCUGAAGCCACAGUUUGCCUUUGGAGCGGAGGGAAAGUCGGAACUGGGUGUCCCAGCCAAUGCAGUCGUGGAGUAUAUCGUGACGCUGAAGGAGUUCGAGCGGGAACCGGACAGCUGGAAGCUGGACGAUGUCGAACGGAUGGAGCAGGCCAAACUGUUUAAGGAGAAAGGAACGGGCUACUUCAAGGAGAACAAAUUCAAGCUGGCACUGAAAAUGUACGAGAAAUCGUUGAGCUUCCUGUCGAGCAGUGAUUCCCAAGAGUCCAAGCAGUCUCAGCUGGCGGUCUACUUGAACAAAGCCCUGUGUUAUCAGAAGUUGAACGAUCACGAUGAAGCUAAGGAUGCGUGCAAUGAAGCUUUGAACAUCGAUAAGAAGAGCGUAAAGGCUUUGUACCGACGUGGCCAGUCCAGAUUGUCGCUGGGAGACUUUGAAAAGGCAUUGGAAGACUUCAACGCAGUUCGUGAAAUUGAACCGGAGAAUAAGGCUGCCCUUAACCAGGCCACAAUCUGCAAGCAAAAGAUCAAGGACUACAACGAACAACAGAAGAAGGUGUUCGCCAACAUGUUCACCAAGUUUGCCAAGAGCGAUAAACAGUAAAUUUUUCCAACCAACUCCUUCGUAUGACUCUUAAAACAUUGCCUGUGGGAAAUCGACCCGGAUCGUUAAUCGCAAUAAUUUAAUGUCCAGCGCGAGGAGGAGUGGCAAAGCAAGCAACCGGAUGUAAUGAAGCAAAACUUUGGCGAAUGGCGUGAUGAUGAGCGAGAACACGAACCGACUCGCUUCGAGCAGGAAAACCCCGACGUCAUCAUGCUGAACGAAUCGUUGAAGGAUUUUAGAAACAUGUAAGUUCAUCCGCCUCUCCGCGUAAAAUCUGACCGGUUCCAUUUCACGGAAUCACAAUACAAAUAAAAAAACGAUGCUAUUUUUCGUUUGUUAAGUCUGCUUCGGUGCAUCUCAUUAGUAGCAUUUCCUAUAACUAUCACCUAGUAAUUAACGCGAAUGAGUUUUACCCUAUUUGAGAAAUCACAAUUAAUUAUGAUGUACAAUAGAAAUGUAACGCAUCUUGUCAAAUAAAACAAAAUACAGAUUAA